AUGGCGAAAAAUAUUCAAAAGUUACCUGCCUACCUCACUCGCAUCUUCGGUCUUGUAGGUAGAACGGCAGUCAUCACAGGAGGAAGCUCAGGCAUAGGAAAAGAGAUCGCCUUUGCACUGGGUCAGUCUGGUGCAAAGGUAAUUCUUAUUGCUCGUCGGGAACCACCCCUUGCCUCAACUUUGGAGCAACUCAAGCAGCUCGGUGUUCCGGCAACGUCAAUAUCAGCAGACCUCUCAAAUCUCGCCGACCUUAACCAUGCCGUAUCGCGGAUAAAGACCUCACAUGGUACCCCGGACAUCUUGGUUAACGCAGCGGGGGUCUCUCAUCGUCCUCCGCUUUCACACAUUACUCAGGCAGAGUGGGAUUUCACAAUCGCAGCAAAUCUCACUGCACCUUUUGCCUUGGGGCAGGCCUUCGGUCCAGCUAUGGCGGAGCGUGGGAGUGGGCGCAUCAUCAACGUCGCGAGCCAACAAGCCUUCCGGGCAUUCGGUAACAGCGGCGCAUACGGUGCCGCUAAAGGGGGAGUCGUCGCACUCACGCGGUCUCAGGCGGAAGCUUGGUCAAGAAAGGGGGUUCUCUGCAAUGCUAUCGCCCCGGGGGUCGUGGAAACGCCGAUGACGGCCGAAGUGUUGGCGGAUCCGAAGAAGAAGGAGGUGCAUGCCGCGCGGACGAUGAUCGGGCGAAACGGGGUGCCGGAAGACUUUGCAGGCGCUGCGAUCUGGUUAGCAAGUGACGCGAGUGCGGCGGUAACUGGCCAGACCAUAUUUGUCGACGGGGGGUAUUCAGCUACAUAA